AUGACGAUCGUCAGGGCCCGCCCGACCGAGGCUCUCAACCUAAGCGUCGUAAAGCCUCUUCUUCGGGCCUACGCUUUAGGGUACAUCACAGUCACUGGACCCAGGCUACUUGUUCUCCUCAGGAAUCUCAAACAGGGAAACGUCUCUGCGCACGAGCAGCUAGCCAAUCUGUGUAGGAUCCUCAAAACAUCCACAGAGUUCAACCGCUUCCCGUCGGCCGUGGCCGUUAUCGUCGGAGGCGCAACAGCUCUUCCACGCUUUGUUCACAUAUGUCUCCAGUGGCUUCUCUCCACCAGGUGGUCCUCAGGCCACAGUCGAGCAUCCAGCACCAAGUUCGCGACCCAGAUCCAGUUUCUAUGUUCACUAGUAUCGGCCUGGGUGGCCUUUGACCUCCUCAACCGAGAUGAAAGCUGGGUUCGAAAGCGAGCAAAAUCGCGUACCGACGCGAGCGACGUCAACAUCCUCGAGUCACCCAAUCAGCACCGUCUCCCACCACCUUCAUAUCACCCACAUUACUCCGGUAAGACGAUCGACUUCACGCUCUUCGCAUUCAGCCGGGCACUAGACAUCGCAGUCAUCACGGCGUGGACGCGAACUCGGUCAAGACCAUGGCACCCGGAGCACCGACAUCCGAGACUUGCCUCUACGGUACGCAAAUUGAUGGACCCAGCCGUAUUCGCGACGUCGGCCGCUGUGAUAAUGUGGUCGUGGUUCUACUCCCCGGAGCGCCUGCCGCGGGAAUACAACCGGUGGAUCUCGCGGGCCGCCGCCAUCGACCCGCGCAUCAUCCAGGCUCUCCGGCUCGCGCGAAGAGGCGAAUUCGUAUACGGCCACCAAGACACGGGCAGAGCGCCGCCGCUUCUCCUCCAAAGCCUCUGCCGCGAGCUGGGCCUACCAGAGAUCUGGGGAGACCCUGCCCGAACCGUCCCCGUUCCCUGCGAGCUGUACCACUGCGGAACCGGUGCGAGCUGCGAAAGACACGCCGUGUCGCGGUUCUGGCGAAGUUGGAAGUUCGCAAUGGGAGUCUACGUGCCGCUGCAGCUUCUCGCGCGGUUCCACCAUCCUACGCUCAGCGCGGCGUUGAAGGCCGUGAAGGCCGCGGCUAGGUCGUCUUCGUUCCUGGCUGCGUUCGUCGCACUGUUUUACUACGCCGUCUGUCUGGCCAGGACACGCCUGGGGCCAAAGGUGUUUUCGUACCGUACCAUAUCUCCACAGAUGUGGGAUUCGGGCCUCUGCAUUCUGGCAGGGUGCCUUGCGUGCGGAUGGUCCAUACUCUUGGAAAAGCCGAGCCGGCGACAAGAGAUCGCUUUCUUUGUCGCACCGAGGGCCCUUGCUACAGUCCUGCCUAGAGUGUACGACAAGAAAUACCAGAGGCGAGAGCAGGCCGUGUUUGCUACGAGCGUUGCAGUGGUAUUGACGGCAUUAAAGACCGGUAAUGGCCGCAGCGUCAGGGGAGUGUUGGGGAGACUUUUGAAUCACGUUAUGAAAGAAUGA